AUGAAGACGUCACAAAAAUUCCCUCCAGGGUUUAAAUUUGUACCCACAGAACUUGAGCUUCUACACUACCUUCGAUCUAAAGUGAAUGGCGAAAAAACAGGUUAUGAAGACGAAGUACCAUUGAAAUAUGUCGAACUUUACGACAUAGAAGAUCCCGGUGUAUUAUUCGAGAAUACUGACGAAGACGUGGUUUAUGUCUUCACGAAGCUGAGAAAAGUCGCGGAAAAUGGAUCGAGGUAUGAGCGCCAAAUCUCCGGGACUAGCUGUACUUGGAAGGGUAGCGAUAAAGCUAAAGAUGUUAAAGAAGAGGGAAAUUGUGUGGGAUCAAUCAAGAAUUUCAGCUUUGAGAAGAACCAGGUGAAGGUUGGAUAUAACAUGAAAGAGCUUACUUUGGAUGGAAGGCUUGUUCACAAUGCAGAGUCCAAGGACCAUGUUGUGUGCACAAUCAAAAGGAAAUCUAAGAACAAGAAAAAGGACCUGCAAGAAGGAACGGCAUAUCUUAAGCCGCCUGUGCCAGAUGCAUAUGAUUCAGAAUAUAUUUUGCCUUCCUCAAAGAUAAAGUUGCAACAAUACCAACAAAUGGAUAAGACUGAUAGCCCUCCUGUCCCUUUACUGUUCUCUUCUCCAGGAUAUCAUCAAAAUCCAAAUCCAUGUCAAGAGAUCAAUAACCAGAUGAUUGCUGAUGUUUCUUUGUCUGAUCAAAUGCAUGGUUAUCAUUAUCAGAGUAACAAAGAGGUUACUUCAAUUCCUUUAAUGCCCCGUUCCGGAGGAAAUUCUUUAGGCUUAAGAAUAGAAGAUCCAAUGACUGAUCAACAAUGGGGAUCAAGGAGCUUUGGUGGAUAUAAUGUGUCAAUGAUUAAUAAUCAAUGGGGCUUAGAAAAACUGAGAGAGUUUGUGGCUCCAAAUUUCUAG